GUUCUCUGCUCUUUGCAAUAGUUUUUCAUAUAGGACUUCACUACUUAAAAGUUUGUUGAAAACCCGCAUAGGUGUCAUUUGACUUCCUCCUUCCUGCACUCUAAAAUACUUGUCAUUCCUCAUCUCAACUCGCUUGGCACAAAGCUCAACAAACACCGCACCCUAUCUCUUGCCUUUCGAUCAAAAUCAAGGCAAAUUCAGCACCCACCAUGUCUAAUCUAGCACCCAAAAUACUCAUCAUUCCAACAUGAAUUUUGACCUGGUCCUAGCACAUCCCGCGUUAUCUGGAACGCAGUGGCAGGGUUGCGAUACCAGGCCGUGGAGCCGUGUCUCUAGUGAACUUGGUGUUGAGGGCAUAGAUGUAUCGCUGCAGGCAGUCGAUGGUGGCGUUGCCGUCGUUGUCGGCGAACAUGCUCCUUGGGUAUCAGUGUGUUAUUGGACUAUCAUAGCAAUUGCUGGAUUAAGCAAUGUACUGUACGGAAAGAGGUAGGGAGGUGGGGGUUUGGGUUAAGAGAAAAAGGUCUAAGAUACUGUAGAGUGGAACAUAAGAGGAGGAAAGUGGUACAGUUGCUGUUGAAGGUUACGGCGCCGUUAUCGAUGGCGAUGGAAAAUUGGACCUGGUUGCUGCUCUCGAUGACGCGAAAGUUUUGGAGGCAGCAGAGGGCCGGGGCGAUAGAAAUGAAGGGGAAGAGGGCAGUGAGUCCAUGGUGGAAAUGGACACGAGGGUGAAUUGCUAUGAGUAAGAGAAGCAGCGAGUUGUAUCACGACCCGUGGCUGGUGUUCUGGAUGCAGAAUCAGCUGUAUUGGGUG